UUAGCCAGAGAGAGGAGCCUUACGAAGCCGUAUAAAUCGCUCAGACGAGAAAACCACGCCGGUGCGAGCAAAAGUUUCGUUCCGUACAGAGUUCUGCAAAAAUCCCAAUUCUCAUUAAGUUGUUGCUGGAAUUCCUAAUUUCCCACUUUUUUUCCGUCGCGUUUUUUUUUUUCUCUCACUACACUCUCGGAAUCGGAGAUUUGUAGAGGAUACCACAAAGCUCGUCGAAGCGAUAGAUUCUGAUCAUCCUUCUCUUUCCCGGAGACAAUGAUGAAGAAAGAUGAAAAGAAUAGUACGGCGAGGAGAACCAUUUACACGAGAUCCGUAGCAGCGUCAACUCCCGCCUCAGUUGAACAAGAAACCCCUGGUUUGAGGAGGUCGACCCGGGGAAUGCCAACUAAACAGCCAAUAACUCCACUUUCUGCUACUAGAAAGUCAGAGAGACUGGCUCCCUCACUUGCUUCAGUAUCGAAAAAGUCUGCUGGAAUGGAGAAGAAACACACAUCGAGUCCUCUGCGAAGGUCUGAUAGGGGAAAGAAUGUAGUACCCGCCCCACAGAGUUCCAAAGGAUCAGAUAAUCCUAGCCGGAACGCAGACACUUCACCGAAUAUUCAGCAGAGCAAGGAAAUAAAGGAAAAUAAUGUAGAAGAGUCGACAAAUGAGAUCAAGAAACGGGAACCUACAAUGUCAGCCCGAAGUUUCAGGGCUUUGUUUAGAAGGCCUGAUAAUAAAUCCGAGGCACUAGUUGAUGCUUCUAAUGACGAGGAACUAGUAGUUGUUGGUUGUUCGCGCCGCGUACCUGCAAGCAAUGAUGAUGCUGAGAAUAUGGUGCUUGAUGCAUCCGCCACGGUUGAAACUAGGGAUGGAAACGCUAUAGGCUCACCGUCAAAGAAUUCAGAAAAUCAGAAGCUUCUUUUCAGUAGAACUAGCUUAGUAUUGCCUUUAGAAAGCAAGAAAGACAGUACAGAAAUUGAGCUGGAUGCAUGUGCCAUUGCUUCAAAUGGAGAUGACCGCAUUUUGAGUUCUGAUGGGGUAAUUCCAUCUCAAUCUGGGUGCGAUGAUGCUGCUGCUCAAGACAAUAACACAGACUGUCUACCACAACCUGCUCAAGACGGCACUGAUUCUCCUUUGAUAUCAAGUAGGGACGCAGAAAAGGUGACGCUUGAUGCAUCCUCCAUGGUUGAAACUGAGGAUGGGAACGCCAUAGGUUCAUCAUCAAAGAAUUCAGAAACACAAAAGCUUCUUUUCAGUAAAACUAGCUUAGAAAUGGACAUAGGCCAUUCUUUGAAAAGGAAGAGAAGCUCUGAAGAAUUUGAGCUGGAUGCAUGUGACAUUGUUGCAAAUGGAGAUGAUCGCGUUAUGAGUCCCGAGGUGGUAAUUCCAUCUCCAUCUGGGUGCAAAAAUGAUGAUCGACCUGUAAUGUGCAACACAUGUGGAAAACGGCAAAAGGUCAACAGUGAUUUUGAAAAUCUGAGUCGUUGCUCCUGCAUCACCCAGCCAGUUGACGAAUCUGAUCACGUCACACAGGAUAUGGAGGAAAAUGAACCAGCUGUGAGCAGAGACUAUGAGGAGAACAGGCAAAUGCAACACGGUAAAUCAAGUGAUCCCAAAUUGUAUUCAUCGAUGUACCCAGAGUAUUGGGUUCCGGUGCAGCUAUCAGAUGUACAGCUGGAGCAAUACUGUCGGACUCUCUUCUCCAAAUCUUUAUCUCUUUCUUCGCUGUCGAAGAUUGAUCUUGGAGCUCUCGAAGAAACUCUCAUGUCUGUAAGGAAAACCUGUGACCAUCCAUAUGUUAUGGAUGCAUCUUUGAAACAACUGCUCACCAAGAAUCUGGAGUUUCAUGAAAUCGUGGAUGUAGAAAUUCAAGCAAGCGGGAAACUUCACCUGCUUGAUUCCAUGCUUAACCAUAUAAAAACGAACAGUUUAAAAGCAGUUGUCUUCUACCAGGCAACACGGCAACAUAAGGCUGUAGACCGUCCUCUAACGCAUGCACUGCUCAUGUGGGGGGCUUCAUAUUUAUUUGAUAAGCUGGAUCAUUUUCACGGCAAUGAAACCCCAGAUUCAAGAGCUUCGUUUGAACAAUCUAUAAUGAAUGGUGUGGUUCGUGAAUUCUCGUCCAUACUUUCUUCCAAAGAUGGAGAAGAAAAUGGAGGAAAGCUGUGUCUACUUUGGGAAGCCAAGCAUGAUCAGGGAACUUACAGCAGUGAUUCUACUCUGUUUGGUGAAAAACAUAAUAAUUUGUCAGAUGAAGAUAGUCCUAAUAUAUUUUGGACAAAUCUGUUGGGGGGAAAGAAUCCUAUGUGGAAGUACGCGUCAGAUACUCCUCAAAGAAAUCGGAAAAGAGUUCAAUAUUUUGAGGGCUCUGCAGAAAGUCCCAAACUUGACGAUGACGGAAAUACAAAGAAGCGAAAGAAGGCUUCUGGCGAUUUCACCGAUGUCCAAGUAGAUAAUGAUGAAAAAAAGGCCUCCGGGAAGGAUCUCAUGGGGGCUUUGGAGUCACCAAAAGUAGCACUCCAGCCAGCAUGUAAAUCUACAUCUGGUACUGAUGCUACAUUGGAUGAAAGUGAUGCUUUUGGCUUGUAUUCUGUGGGCGUUCAUAUCUCUAGAAUCCCAGAGGAUAUGUUAUUCGGUUAUGAUUGGAAAAAAACACCGCGUGAAUCACAGAGGAAACUCCAUGCUGAUUUAAAGUCAGAAAUGGCAAAACUUUGCCAAGUUUUGCAUCUUUCAGAAGCAUGCACAAGCAUGGUUGAAAAAUUUCUUGAAUAUGUUUUUGAGAACCACCUAAUCUACGAAGAGCCAGCCACCACAUUGCAGGCAUUCCAGAUAGCCCUGAGUUGGAUUGCAGCUUUGUUGGUAAAGGAAAAGCUUAGUCACAAAGAAUCUUUGGUCCGUGCAAAAUCUGAAUUAGCUUUCUAUUGCUCAAGAGUAGAGGUAAAUUAUAUAUUUACGAUAUUGUCCUGCAUGAAGAGUCUGUUCUUGGAGCGCACACAAGGUUUGCAGUGUGAUUGCUUUGGUACUACUUCUAGCCAGUCAAUGGUUAGUACAAAACAAGUGAAUGAAAGUCUCUCAGGGGCUAGAGUGCGUCAGGGAAAGAACAAUAUAAAGUCGAUGCGUAGCUCAGAGGGUGAAGAAUGCACGACUGAGAAGAGAUGUAGUCAUUAUAGCACUGCAACAAAAGAUAUCAACGAGACUAUUAAAGACAUAAAAAAGAAAUGCAAGAGGCAACUGCAAAAGCUUGGACAAGAGCACGAGGAGAAAAAGGUGGAGCUGUUAAAUAUGCAUGCAGACAAGAAGGAAAAACUUGAAACAAGGAAAAAUUUGGAAGCAGCAGUAAUUCGUUUAUCUCGUUCACGGAAAAGCACCCAAGUGGAUGAUAUCAAGCGGCUGGAACAUGAUUUUGAAAGAAAGUUUGAUGAAAUCAAUAGUGAGAAAACUGAAUGCCUUCAAAGUCUGGAGCAAAUGCACGAGGCUGCAAAGAAGAAGUUGGCUGAGGAUGAAGCCUGUUGGAUUAGUCGGAUAAAGAACUGGGCACAAGCGGAAUUAAAAAUUUGUGUUCCCAUCAAAAGUGGCAACAAGCAUUUAAGUGAAAUAAGCUCAUCAAACACUUCCAAAAAUGCUUGUGAUGUACAAACUUGCAAUGAUGCCAGCGUUGAAGCUACUUACACUGAUACGAAUUGUAUGGCUUCCAAGGUAAAUCAAGUACCGGAAGCAGAAAACACAUUAGGAACCAUGUCGGGUGGCACAAAUCAACAAGUUCCUGAAUUGGUGGUUUUAAGAAAUGACGAGGUGAUGGAUGUUUUAACCUUGUCUCCUGAGCAGCCUACAGAAAAUGUGGCUACAAAGAGCCAGUCCAGUGAGCACGCUUCUCUCACUGUGCCUGAGAUAUUGAUUCCUGCUGGCUGUCAAGAAGAAUUUGCGGCUUUGAACGUGCGUUUGCCAGAAUACCAGAAUUGUGACAGAAUAACAUCAGCGGCACCAGAUGAAGAUGUUUCGUCAAGGGUGCCAGAGGUAUCCCAGUCGCUAGCAAAUCUUGCAAAAUCUCCCUCCCCCGAGGUUUCCUUGAAUAGAGAGGAGGCUUUGGUUACUACAGAAAAUAAUAGAACAGAUCAUGUGGAUACUGAUGCUGAUAACAUUUUGGCCCAGCAGAAUAGGGAAACCUACUCUCUUGACAAGGAGAUUCCUGACGAGGUUGCGUUGCCUAAGCCACACCCUGCGGCUGUGGUAGAGACUAGGGGUGCUACUGAAUCUGAUCAGGAUGAUCCUAUGCCUUCUUCACCAGCUGGAAAGCAAUCUGAACCAACAGCAAACACUCAGGGCCAAAAUAUUGAAGAAGUAAUUGAGCCCCAGUCUGUUGAGCCAGAAACUGUAGAGGCUACUGAUUAUGCUGCAUCCAAUCAGGGUGAUCGAGUUACAUGUCCUUCGCCAUCUUCACCAGCUGGAAAUCAGCCUGUGCCAGAAGCAAACAUUGAGGGUCAAAAUAUCAACACAUUAUCAGCUGAGCCCCACAUAGCUGGUCCAGAUGCAGUAGAGAGUGGUGAUUAUGCAAUAUCAGAUCAGGACACAAUGGUUGCUCAGGAUGCGUGUUCUCUGCCAUCUACAUUGGUUGGAGCAAACAUUGAGGGCCAAAAUAUCACGACAGUGGCUCAACUUCCUGCAGAUGGAUUAGAUGCAGUAGAAAGUGGUGGAACUCCUGUAUCAGAUCAGGGUGCUCGGGAUGCAUCUCCUCGGCCUUUAUCUUUGCCUGGAAUUCACCCUGACGCAGAAGUUAACAUUGAAGGCCUAAAUAACACAGCAGUGGCUGAAUCUCACACAACUGGGUCAAAUGCAUGUGAAAUGGAAAUAGCAGAAGCUGGUCCCCAAGUAGAACGGUCAACCCUUACAAAUCUUGUCCAUGAAGGUGGUGUGGAGCCUUCAGCAGGUGUAACAGCUCCUGUUCCAUCAUUUCUUAGCAAUGUUAUGGGACAGAGUGCCGCUCAACCUGUUCCUCAAGUACCAUUCCCUGUGUUCAACGACCCAUUUCUGCAUGAUUUGGAGAGGCUGCGGAGAGAAUCAGAGAACUCAAAGAAGAUUUACGAAGAAAAGAAAUCAGUCUUAAAAUCUGAACUCGAGAGGAAGAUGGCUGAAUUACGAGCAGAGUUUCAACGAAGAUUCCAGGAGGUAGAAGCUGAGAAUAACACCAAAACGACGGAGAUAGAGACAAAUAAAAAUCUUGUUAUAAUGAACAAACUGUUGGCGAAUGCGUUCUUGUCCAAAUGUACCGAGAAGAAGACAUCUCCCUCAGCAGCUCCAAGGGGUAAAAUUCAGCAGCUAGCACAGAGAGUGAGCACGCAGAGAAAUUACACUGCUCCUGCUCUGUCUCCGGCUCCUGCUGCUGGACCUCUGCAGCUUCAGGCAUCAUCGUAUCCUGCUCCUGCUCCGGCUCAGACUCCUCUGCAGACUCAGGCAUCUUUGUGUCCUUCUUCAGUCUCUCGUCCAUCAGGGCGUCCUCUGAAUUCCGCGGUCUGCACAAUGCCUCAGCCAAGACAGCCUCUGAUAUCCAACACAACUCCAACUCUGUCAGCUUCUCCUGCAACUAAUCAAGUUGCCAAUGCAAGUCUACGCUCUUCUGCACCACACCUCAACUCAUAUAGGCCAUCCUCUUCAAGUCCUGGCUCCACAACUACUCCAACCUCAGCGCCGCCUCUUCAAGCUUUAACAUAUUCAGGUUUGUUAAUUCAGCAGCAGCAGCAGCAAGAACAACAACCACAACAGGGAUUGAGCCGUGGAUUGCAGGGCAACGAGAAUGUGGUUUGUCUUUCGGAUGAUGAGUGAUGUAAAUGGAGAGAUGUUUAGGGUCUAGUUGUUGAUUUAGAGAGAAGUUAAAAAAAAUGCCUGUAUAUAUAAUAAUUAGGUUACCUUAUGAUAAAUACCGAAGUAUUGUUUUGGAUGCGACUUUUGUAGAUGCAAUAACUCUAAUCAAAUUGAGUGAGUCACUAACCGACUCGGGUUCGGUACA